CCAAUGCAUCGUUUAUGUCAGAAAUUCCAAUCGCUAACCUAAAAAUCUGUUCCCGGUUCUCUCCAACUUCUACACCCAAGUUUCACUGGAGCCAAAAGUUGACUAAAUAGGAUGGACUCCAACGGGAGCGGCAAUAUCCCUACCUCUCUUCGGGACUACGGCGGCGGAAACCAUCACCACCAUUUCUUUUUUAUAUCACCACUCUGCCCAUUUCACCAUUCAAUUUUGCACCCACAAAAUCACUGGCCAUUGUGUAACUUUUCUACUUGUUAUCCCGCCUCUCCGAAUCCACAUCUCAACUUUCUGUGUACUCACCGCCAUGAAGAAUCAAAAUUGAUCGAGGAUGAGACCAAGGAGCUGGAAAUUGAGCAAGAUGAUGAACCGAUUUUCGUUCUAACCGACGAAUGGAAGGACUUAUUUGCAAAAUCUGAGGCCAAAAGGAGACUAGAAACGGUCUAUGAAGGGCAAGAAUUAGAAGAGGAACUUCCUCAGGCAGCAAUUGACAUCUCAAGGGUUGUGGGUUCUUUGUACCAAUUGGGGCUCUCCCCUCACCACCCGGGAGAUGAAGCGUCAUUAAGCCACUGGAAAAUGUCGGACACUCUGAGAGACGGAGAAAGGGGCGGCUUCGGCAGUAGCCAUGGCCGCGACAGGUAUAGUGGAGCCGAAGUGGGUGCCGAUGAUGAAGCUCUCUCAGCCGGUCCAAGGUGGUAAGAUCAAAUCCCUUGAGCAGAUCUGCCUACACUCGCUCCCGAUGACCAGAUCAUAGACACUGGUGGAACCCUUCCUCAAGGACGAGGUGAUGAAGAU